GAGCGUUUGAGUCAGUACUGAAACGGUAAGCUAAGUGAACUGCUUAGUGCAGUGCAAAGCGUACAUUAUACUAGAAAGCAAAAGGACCUCAUUAGGCUCGCUCUCUCAGUCAGAAGAACGUUUCAACAAAACAACCAAAAACAGAAAUAAAGAAAUCUACAAGAUGUGCAGUUUACGGCAAUUUACACUAAUAUUCUUGGCCUGCCUGCUAUCAGUCUACCAGACGCACAGCUUUGCCAUUCAUCAUGAGCCCAGCGAGCGUCGCAUGCAUCCCGUCUUCAAUUUCAAGGCCGCGUUACCGACGGAACAUACCAUCGGCAAACGCUCCAUGCCCAUGAUUAAUUUCGAUGCGCCAAGAACGGAAGAAGAAGCUUCGCAUUACUGGAACUCAAUUGGACAGAACAUACUGGAGAAGCAGAUUGCCGAGAAGUCACAGCUCAAUACAAAUUUGGCUAAAAAUAUAAUAUUCUUCUUGGGGGACGGCAUGUCCAUACCAACUUUGACGGCGGGACGCGUCUAUUUGGGUGGCGAGGAAAAACAAUUUAGCUUCGAACGUUUCCCCUAUGUGGGACUCAGUAAGACCUACUGCACCAACACACAGGUUGCCGACUCGGCUUGCACGGCUACCGCUUAUCUCGGCGGCGUUAAAACUAAUUACGGCACAAUCGGCGUAUCGGCUGCCGUCGAGCCGAACGAUUGUUUGGCACAAAACAAUACGCUGCAUCACGUCAGUUCGAUUGCCGCAUGGGCGCAAAAGCAGGGCAUGGCAACGGGUCUAGUCACCACCACUUCGGUGACACACGCCUCCCCCGCUGGCGUUUAUGCGCAUGUUGCCAACCGCAAUUGGGAGAAUGACGCGGAGGUGUUAUCCGAUAACGGUGAUCCGAAUAUCUGCACUGAUAUCGCAUCGCAGCUGGUGCACGGUGAAGUCGGACGCAAUUUGAAUGUUAUCUUGGGUGGCGGACGCAAACAUUUUCUGCCGAAUACAGUGCGCGAGUUAGAGGGUGAGAUGGGCCAGCGGCUGGAUGGACACAAUUUGCUUAACGAGUGGCUGUCUAUGCAUGGCAACGACGCACACUAUGCGCAAACACGCGACGAACUGUUGAAUUUGCCCGCUUCUGCUACACACGUGAUGGGUCUCUUUGGUGCCAAUCACAUGCCUUUCCAUUUGGACGCGGAUGCCAAGCUAACACCCACACUCGCCGAGAUGACCGCUGUGGCUUUAGAUAUAUUGGAGCGUCAGAGCAACGGACGCGGUUUCUUCCUAUUCGUAGAGGGCGGACGCAUUGAUCACGCACACCACGAUACACUCGCCAUGAAAGCUUUAGAUGAGACAGCCGAGUUCGAUAAAGCCAUCGCAUUGGCGCGCUCACGCACCGACGUACGCGACACACUCACCGUCGUCACCUCGGACCACUCGCACACCAUGUCGGUGGCCGGUUACUCUUCGCGCAAGAACGAUAUUAUUGGCGUAAAUAACGGUCAACUGGCCGAUGAUCAGUUACCCUAUGCGACACUCAGCUACGCCAAUGGACCCGGCUUCGAAUACAAUGUGCUCAAAGCAAAUGGCGCAAUUAAACGCAAGAACUUGCACAAGAUCGACAUGAAACACAAGGACUAUCCAUUCCCCACCAUGGUGCCACUCGAAUCGGAGACGCAUGGUGGCGACGAUGUCGGCGUAUUCGCAAUCGGUCCAUACGCGCAUCUCUUCACCGGCAACUACGAGCAAAACUACUUGCCACAUGCGAUAAGCUACGCGGCGUGUUUACAGAGUGAUAGCGGCGUGAAAAGAACAGCGUGUACGGAUGGUCUGCUGAAUGGACGCGCUUGAAUGGCGCGUGGUGGAAAGCUAAAUGGGGAUUUUGGGUUGGGGCACCUGAUGCUUUAGGAUAGCUACAAUAUUCAUUAUGAUCUAGUUAAUUUAUAGUUACUUUUAGGUUAAUGAAACAUGUUUAAAUGUCCGUGUGAUUCAUAGUCGUAUACAGAAUGUCAUGUACUUAUUUAUAAUUUAGUUUAAUUAAUUUAGUAAACAAAAAGCUAAUUAAAUUAUUAAUGUGAGAACACAGCAAGAAAGAUUGUGUUCUCGAAAUUGAAAAAACUAAA